AUUCCACCAAAAGAAUAACACCCAACUUAUAACAAUGUCUGCCCCUACCACAAAUCAAAACACUGAGAACCAAUCACAGCCAUCCCAGAUUGUUGGCAACAUCAAGCAAUACGCUGGUAUUGCUGAAGAGACCAUUGGCAAUGCCCUUGGUAGCCAAGCCUGGACUGACUCUGGUAAGCAGCUCAAGGAAGAGGGUCUUCAAGAGAUCCAAAAAGCAAAGGAGGUCACCGCUCAAGCUGCUCCCAACAAGACCAAUGCCAACGUCAACUCCGUUGUGGGUGGAAUUAAGGAGGAAGUCGGUAACUUGUUAGGCAACGCCGAAAUGGCCACCAGCGGUGCUCAACAACGUCAAAAGGGACACACUGAAUACGAAGCUGCCAAGGCUGGUGAAUACCUUGAAGGUGCUGGCGAUGCCGUUCGCGGAAAGGUUGAAGGUACCGUCGGUAAGCUUGUUGGCGAUGAGGAAGCUCAGGCACACGCAGAACAAUUGCACUUGAGCGGAAAGCAAGCCAUGCAAUUGAACGAACCCAAAUAAGUUCAUUAUCACAGAUCCCCUAUCCUCCACUAUGUAAAUCAAUGUAUCUGUCAUAUGUAUAAAUAAUUUAUUAAAAGUGAACAUACUAUAU